CAAAACUCAUCAACUGCAUGCUUCGUUUUAACUGUUAUAUCCUCAUUUUAGAUCGUAACAAAGAGAAUUAAUAUAGUCGUCUAAUUGACUUAGGCUUAACCAUAAUUUGAUAAUACUGUAUACAGCGCCCCUUGCAGACAGUGGAACAUCCCAAAAUUGCUCCGCUUCUAAACUUUGGGACUUAAGUAAGUUAAGCACUUGCAUUGUGUUAAGCUCAGGGAAGUGCCUCUGUCUUGCCUCUUUUGUAAGCCGCCAAGUCAAACAUCGUGUGGGUGAACGGACAUGGGUUAUCUUGGACAGCUAUUAUUGCUUGUAGGCCUAGCUGCAAGUACACUUAGCCUUCGAAGGCAAGAUUUUUAUCGCUAUGGAUCAUCAGUGGGACAGAAAGCGCUUCGAUCUGGGGACGCUCAGCAAGCAAACUUAAAUUCCAGGGUGCCUGUUAUCCUAGACAAUGCCCAACUAACAGCUGUUUUCGUACAUACCGAUGGGUUUUUGAAAUUUGAGCAUACGCCCACUGGUGAGCAGCCAAUUGAUUUCAGUACUGAUCUCUCAGAUUUUCGAACAAAGUUGAUCGCUCCAUUCCUCACAGAUUUAGAUACGAGUUCUGACAAUGGGUAUAUCUGGUAUGGUUCUUCAACUGAUACGGAUUACCUUCGCAAAGCCAGAAACGACGUCUACCGAUAUCUCAGUAAAGAUUUUACUCCACAAAGUGUUCUGAUAUUUACCUGGGAAGACGUCCUACAGAAAGGAACGUCAGCGACCGUAACAUUCCAACUUGUCAUAGCAACUGAUGGCUUGUCAACGUACGCCAUGUUCCAAUACGAAAACCCGAUUCAAGUACCAUCGGGAACCACCAGCUUCCCCCAGGCAGGUGUUACGCUGGGUGACGGUAGUUCAUACAUUCUAUUACCUGGCUCAGGCUUAUCUUCUGUGUUCGACUUGGAUAUAGAAUCCAAUGUUGGCCUACCUGGUUUGUUUUUAUACGACCUUAGAGCAUUUGGUACUAGUCAACCAGAUAGCGGUAAUGAGCCAGAUGGUUCUGGAGAAACCGUUCCGACAGAAACAGACCCUUUCAUAUCAACUACAGCUUCGACUGAUACCAGCAAUAGAGCAGAUGUCGUCGAAGAUGAUUGUAGCCAGUGUAAUGGAGAGUGUAAAAAAUACAGUGACGGGUUCUGUUGUGUUUGCAAUGCUGGUUACACGGGAAAUGGUGUGUCAUGUCUACAAGAAGGUUCUGAUAUUCGGGUAAGCGGACUUGUGAGUGGCAACAUCAACGGCAAAACCUUUUCUGAUCUUGAUCUUCACACGUUCGUUGUACUUGGAGAGGGAAGAGCUUACGUAGCCGUGAGUCCCCUCGAUGAGGACCUUGGUUUGACAAUGCAGCUUCUUUCGACAAUCGGAGAGUUCAUGGGGUGGAUGUUCUCUGUAUCUACAGACAAAGCAUUGAAUGGGUUCCAGCUUACAGGCGGCAAGUUAUACCGUGAGGCAUACGUGAGCGUAGAUGGUGGUUACUUUGUUCGUAUUACUCAAGAUUUCUUAGGAUUUGAUGAGCAAGGCCAACUUCAUGUCGACACCAACAUAGAUGGCACUUUGCCAGUGAUAUCUAUAACCGCUGGAUCAAUUACGUACGGUGAACAUGAGGAGGUUUUUGAAAGAAAAGAACCAGGUCGUAUUCGCUCAGUCAGCAGCCGUAAUAUAGAAUUCACUGACUUCACCAUUCGUUAUAGUAUUGACCAGACUAUAAGUUUCCAAGAGUGCACCGCUGAUGAGCGCGAUAGACCUGCCGGCCAAGACUCAAUGAGUCUGACCAUCUUGCAGCAAUACACCUCUUUCGAUAGCAGUAAUGAUGGUGGAAUCCUCAGGUUUGCAACGUCAUCAAGAAUAGCUCUAAGUGAUCAGACUGUAGUUGACCCAUGCGCAGAAAAUGACUGUAGUGGAGAUGCCACUUGCGUCCCCCAGGGAACCAGCUUCUUUUGUGAAUGCAAUGAAGGAUUUGAAGGAGAUGGUCGUAAUUGCAGAGUUGUAGACAUUUGUGCCAACGUCAAUUGUGGCACUGACGCUUACUGUUCGGUUUUCGCAAAUAGACACGAAUGUGUGUGCUUAAGACAAGGUUACAUCUUUGAUGGCUUCAAUUGCCGAGGUCCUUGUGAGUUCUAUAACUGUCCCUCGAAUGCGUACUGUGAAGAAGAUAGUUCCGGAAAUGCACAGUGCAUAUGUCUGGAGAAUUACAGAAAAGAUGGUGAUUUCUGCGUUGUCGUUGAUGCAUGCGAAGGUUUUAUUUGCUUGGACCAUAAUGCACGGUGUCAACUCGACCAAGAAAACUUGGCAACAUGCGUGUGUAACCAUGGCUACACAUUCAUUGGUGACAAGUGUGAAAUACAAGAAGCUACCGAUGGCUGUGCUUCUAUUGUAUGCCAAUCAAACGCACACUGUGAGACGAAAAAUGAAUUCGAUUCAGCAUGCUAUUGUAAUGAUGGUUUUAUCAGUAAUGGCGUAGAGUGUGUAGAAAUUCCGCCUGAGGAUCCAUGUCACGGCAAUCAAUGUGACCAGUAUGCAGGGCAGUGUAUACCGGGUAUUGGUCAGUUGUACAGCUGUGUGUGCUUGGACGGGUUUGAUGGAAACGGUUAUAUAUGUACAGAUAUUGACGAGUGUUCACUGAGAAGAGAUGAUUGCCACCCUCGCGCCAAGUGUGAAAACUACCAAGGCAGUUACAAUUGUAUCUGCCUCCCUGGUUUUGAAGGAGAUGGCAGAUCAUGUACUGCUACCCAGACUGGUGGUGGUGGUGAUGGCGUUCUAAUAUUUGCACAAGGAAACUCGAUUAUGAGUUUGCCUCUGAAUGGUGACGCUGGGCGUAAGGUGUUUAUGAACUCUCGGCAGACUAUGAUAGGAGUAGGCUACGACUGUAAAGACGAUCUCAUCUACUGGACAGACAUCAGUACAAAGACCAUCAGCAGUGUUCGCAGUGACGGCACUGGUUCAAAGGUCAUCAUUAGAAAAGGAUUAUUGAGCCCAGAAGGUGUUGCUGUUGACUGGAUUAGUCGUAACAUGUACUGGACUGAUUCUGGGUAUCACCGCAUUGAAGUUUCCAGUCUCGAUGGCUCAUACCGUCGAGUAUUAGUAAACACCAAUCUGAAAUACCCACGUGCUGUUGUAGUGGAUCCAGUUGGCGGAAAUCUAUACUGGACAGAUUGGACACGAAGCAACCCAAAGAUCGAGACCUCUGCGCUUGAUGGAAGUGAUCGAAAAGUGCUGGUCAAUAAAAACAUCAAACUUCCAAAUGGUCUCACUAUUGAUUACAAUAGUCAACAGAUAUGCUGGGCUGAUGCAGUUUUCUUUUCAGGGACAAGUAAAGUGGAAUGUAUGAACUUAGAUGGUGACGCAAAUUCUCGAUUUACUGUCACUUCUGAGGCAACUUACCCGUUCAGUUUAACUGUGCAUUCCAACAUAUUCUAUUGGACCGACUGGCAAUCUCGAAGAAUUGAAAAUAUUGAUAAGAAUGGAAACUCCCUCGGAACACCGCUGCAGUCUCCACCUGGUGGCUCAGGUCGCUUAUACGGAAUUGUUGCAGCAUCGUCUUGCCCUGCAGGUACUAAUGCUUGUGCUUACAACAACGGUGACUGUAGCGCCCUCUGUCUUCCCACACCGGAUGGCAAGACAUGUGCUUGUGGACAUACCACUGACGGCAAUGAAAUCCCAUGCGAGGAUGCACCAUAAAACACCGUAACAGAGUCAACUGGGAUUGAAAUCAUCCAGGGUUCCAGAGACUCGUUUUUCAACACGUCUUGAUUUGAUUCUUGUGCGAUUAUAUUUCUAAAAAAAUUAUUGUACAUGUUCAUGAAUUUUUCGAUAGUAUAAGCCUGUAAUAGUAUAUUUGUACACCUUUCAAGCAUUGUAUUUUCAGUAUAGAAUUUAAAGAGCUGUAUAAAUUUAGUAUUCUGCAUGGCGAGGUAUUCUUUUAGAAACCUGAUUAAACAUUGAAAAUUAUUAAAUAAAUGAAUAGAAAACUGAAAAGUUGUAAUAUGUAAUAUCACCAAAUGUACAAUAUUAAUAGAAAGAAUGCAUGCGACAAUCUCUUCGAAGUAGGCAAGCUCUUUUUCAUGUUGAUAUUGUUGUAGCUAAAUAGUCUAAAUAGUCAUAGCAUGUAAUUAUUAAGCAUUAUUUUGAGUGAAAAACUUAUAUAAUUAGAGAUUAUUUUCAAAGGGUAAUUUUCUAAAGCCUAUUUUUUGAUAUAGCAAAUAUGGCAUUCGUAUUUUAUAUAAUGUUAGAGUAUUUUUCAUAAAGGUUUAUUAUAACAGGAUUUUGCUGUGUAUCUUUAGUAUAGGCCACCAAUGAUUAGGCUGAAUAAUGGUAGGCCUAUUAUAUGUUGAACGAAGUGUUACAGGCUGCGUUUAGUAGAUACUUUGUAGCUAAAAAUCAAUAAAAUAAGCAAGGCAAUUUUAUGUUUUAAUUUUUAAAAUUUAGUGAAUCGUAAUUCAUUUUAAACGAAUAUUUCACUGUUUCUUGAUUGACAAUAAACUCACCUUGCUCACAAUCUUUAAAA